AUGGCAGCUGUGACCUUCAAAUAUUUAAAAAUGAACAAUAAAAUAAUUUUCAUUACUAGCAAGCAUAGACAUUUGUUAGUACAAGCCAUUGAUUAUGAUGGCAACAUUCUAAGUCAAUAUUUAAAUAAUAUUAAUGAUCAUCGAAUAUCAGACAUUAUCUAUACCUGUGAUGGCAUAUACGUAGCAGGAGUAAACGUCACAAUUUACAAAGUAAAUGUUACUCUCUCCGAUGCCAAUUUAAAUGUGGACCUUGUUCCAGUAGUCAUUAAGAACCCUUAUCCUUUGUAUGAAUUAUACAGUCUACGGUUCUCACCGAACAAUUUGAUAUGUGCAUUAGCAAUGGUUGAACGUAAAGUACAAGCCAGAAAAGAAGCUCUUAAGUUAGAAAUAAUAUUUAUUUGCAAAGAAAUGAAACCAGAAAGUAUGCUGGAUACACUAUUAUCCAAUCCAAUGAAAAAGUUGACGCACUAUUGGGAUUAUAUAGAAUUAUUACGAUUCCAAAUUACCAAGUUAAAGUGGAGGCCAAAAUUGGACUUUAAUGAGCUUUACUUAUCAGGUGCACAGGAUAUUUAUAAGCUUAAAAUCUAUUUAAUAUUCCUUACAUACAUAUCAGGGUUAAAAAAAGUGUUACGCUUAGUCGAUGUGGCAUUACCGGAGACUUCAACGGACAUUGUGAAAGAAAAAAUCCUUUAUUUACAUGCAAAACAGUUAUUAGACAAUUUAUACACCAAAUGUCAAAACGAAGGGCAAUUGAACGAUCUAGAUAUGGAAUCUCUUUACGGUACCAAAAAAUAUUUGGAAUAUUAUGCAAAGAAGUAUAAAACGGACAAUGAAUUGGAUCAAAAUGUGUUAAAUGCAUUAGAAAAUUCUUGUGAUUAUGUCUGUCAGUGUUGUGAUGAAAAAAUUGAAGGGUUUACGUGUAAAAGUGGACAUUUAAAUAUGUUUUGUAUGGCAACUUUUACUCCUAUUUGUUCGGAUAAUUAUUUAAUGUGUCAGUGUUGCAAUGCUACAUCUAGGGCUGAUUUAGAAAUUGAAAACCCUAUAUGCGUGUUCUGUGAUUUGUAUUUGAUAAAACCUGAUUAA